AUGACAAAUUGCAAACCAUUAGCAACACCUAUGACGCAAAAUGAAAAGCUGACAAAGGAUGAUAAUCGAGAAAGGGCAAAUGAGACAACCUUUCGAAGCCUACUUGGAUCACUCAUCUAUCUCACAAAUACAAAGCCUGACAUAGUUCAUACUAUGAGUAUUGUAUCAAGGUACAUGAGCCAACCAAGCAAGGCAUAUUUCACGGCUGCCAAAAGGAUACUCCACUAUAUCAAAGAAACCAAGAGCUAUGGUAUUUUCUAUAAGUCCGAGGAAGCAUCAAAUCUCAUUAGUUAUAUAGACAGUUACUGGACAGAAAGCAUCGAUGAUAAGAAAAGCACAAGUGGAUAUGCAUUCUUCCUUGGAAUAAAGAUAAUCUCAUGGUCAUCAAGAAAGCAAAAGACAAUGGCAUUAUCGUCAGUUGGAGCCGAAUAUAUAGCAACUACAAGCGCUGUAUAUUAA